AUGUCGGGAAUCCGAAUACAGCACAGCAGGUUGACGUAGAAGGCUAAAGCGCUCCCUCCGUCUCACUCACUCCCCUCACAUAAAAAGCACACAUUUGAGCCUUCUAGCAGAUCCGUUCAGAGAGCAGAGCUCAUCUCACACCUGUAGACGAAAGCUGAACAGAGGGAAGCUUUCGUUUUUACCUUGAUGGACUUUAGUUUUUAAUAAACGCGUGACGAUCCCUGCACAAAAGCUUAUAUUAUAGUUCUACAUUUUUUUCCUGCUCUGAGAUCGAGAAGUUCAAAUCGUCGGGCGCAACUUUCCAGCCCCUCAGUGAGCGGGCAGCGACACUGAAGCGAUGGAGCCGUCCGUCAUCCCCGGUGCCGACAUGUCAGACCUUUACUCCAUUAACCCGUUUAAUGUUACUUUUCCUGACGAUGUUAUGGGGUUCGUUCCCGACGGGAGGAACUACACCGAGCCGAACCCGGUAAAGAGCCCUGCGGGAAUCAUCAUCGCCAUUUCCAUAACUGCUCUUUACUCCGUUAUCUGCGUGGUGGGACUCCUGGGAAACAUCUUAGUGAUGUACGGGGUGGUCAGAUACACCAAGCUAAAAACUGCCACCAACAUCUACAUCUUCAAUUUGGCCCUGGCAGAUGCACUGGCCACAAGUACACUUCCAUUCCAGAGUGCAAAGUAUCUAAUGAACACCUGGCCCUUUGGUGAGCCUCUGUGUAAAGUGGUCAUAGCCAUUGACUACUAUAACAUGUUUACCAGUAUCUUCACCCUUACUAUGAUGAGUGUGGACCGUUACAUUGCUGUGUGCCACCCUGUGAAAGCACUGGAGUUUCGUACCCCUGUCAAGGCCAAAAUCAUCAAUGUGUGCAUCUGGAUUCUCUCCUCCGCUGUAGGAGUGCCAAUAAUGAUCAUGGCAGUUACCAAAGUGACAAACCAAGGUGCAACUGUCUGCAUGCUGAAGUUCCCUGAUCCAGACUGGUACUGGGACACAGUGACAAAGAUUUGUGUGUUUAUCUUCGCAUUUGUGGUACCAGUGCUAGUCAUCACAAUCUGCUAUGGUCUGAUGAUCCUACGUUUGAGAAGUGUCCGUCUUCUCUCAGGCUCAAAGGAGAAGGACAGAAACAUGCGUCGAAUCACUCGCAUGGUUUUGGUAGUGGUGGCCGCCUUCAUUAUCUGCUGGACACCCAUCCACAUCUUCAUCAUUGUCAAAACACUUGUAGACAUCAACCAAAAGAACCCAUUUGUUAUUGCCAGCUGGCACCUGUGUAUCGCACUUGGCUAUACCAACAGCAGCCUUAAUCCUGUCCUCUAUGCUUUCUUGGAUGAGAAUUUCAAGAGAUGUUUUCGAGAUUUCUGCCUACCCUUCCGAACCAGAGCUGCCCAGAAUAAUCUUAACAGAGCAAGAAAUGCCACAAGGGAGCCAGUGUCAGUUUGUGCACCUUCGGAGACAGGAAAGAAGCCAGUAUGACUAGGCCUGGAAAGGAUCCCACGGGGGUCCCAGUCCAGAAGAGUUCAGCAGGACCUUCAAUCUGAGGUCACCCAAAUCUCCACUACUGAAUUCUAGGAACAGAAAGGAAGAGUCAUUUCCUACACCCUGGAAAGCAUAGAGCUCCACAGUACUCAAUACAAUCUCAAGUUUUGUAUAUUCAGAUUGUAACCAGAGAGACUGAGUUAAGCAGCGCUUCUCCUGCACCAGUAAAUAAAUGCAUACACAAUGCUGAGCCUCUUCUAAGCCCAAUGUUAUUAGACAAGCCAUGUCCAAAACAGGGUAAUUUACAUCAGUAUUAUCAGACUUUCAGGUUCUGGUGGACCUUCAGGGUCUGAAAUCAUACUGGUACUGAGAACAUAACCCAAAUGUAAAUGUAUGACCUUGCAUUGAAAUGGAGUCUGUAAGCAACGGAUGAAUACAUUUUCUGUGAGUGAAAAUAACCGCUGGCACAUCAAGAAAUGAAAUCUGAAAUCCACAGUCUACAAAAGCAAACAGUGGAGAUGGGGUCCAAUUGAAGGACACUGGCUGAAAAGGAAAAGUAUUUUCAACAGUUAAUUAUAUAUUUCAUUUCUUCUACCUAUUGGACUUCCUUGGGGAAAUAGAAAAAAAUAAAAUAAAAUAAAUAUUGGACAUAGAUGUAAAAACUCUCCUCAAAUGUCUGUUAACCCUUAGGGAUUAAAACUCUGGGGGAAUGAUGGAAAAAAUAUGUCUUGCUGGGGCUGCUGUCAGAUUGGAGUAGCAUGGAGAAAGUUUGUGUAAUAUGACAUGCAGGCCAGAUUAUAUGGCCUGAACCUGAUCGUAGCGAUAUGGACAAAUAAAUUAUGGAAAUAAUAUUGAUGGAUUAUUAACCAUUAUUGCUGAAGACCAGCUCGUGAUACCAAACUCUACAUCAACUUCCCACCUUACUUCAUCACUGUAGUCCAAAAACACAUCUUCAGACAAACUUAUUUUCAAAACUUCUCAUUCCUCUUUCAUGUACAGUGAAGGUGCAUACAUGGCAAAUUUCUUCAGUUUCUGGGACAUUUCCAAUAAGGUUUACUUAAAGGAAUAGUAAACCCAACUAAAGAAACAUUCCAAAUUACCAUUUAGACUGUUGAAAUAAAUGAUCCAUUAAAUGUCACAUUAAAACUGCAUUAAUUGGCUUGGCUUUACUUCGGAAAUAUUGGUAACACUUUACAAUAAGGUUCAUUAGUUAACAUUAGUUAACUACAUUAGUUAACAUGAACUAAUAAUUAACUGCACUUCUACAGCAUUUAUUAAUCUUUGUUAAUGUUAAUUUCAACAUUUACUAAUACAUUAUUAAAAUCUUGUUAACAUUAGUUAAUGCACUGUGAACUAACAUGAACAAACAAUGAAUAACUGUAUUUUUAUUAACUAAUGUUAACAAAGAUUAGUAAAUACAGUAACAAAUGUAUUGCUCAUGGUUAGUUUAUGUUAGUUAAUGCAUAACUAAUGUUUAACUAAUGAACCUUAUUGUGAAGUGUUACCGAAAUAUUUAUUGUGUCCACAAAGCAAGGUCAAAAGGUCAAAGUUUUUUCACUGGAGUUCCCAAUAUACAUUAAGUACAUUACUGACUUAUUUUGAGUAUCAGUGGAACAUGAUAUAGCCCUUGGACUCUACAAUCAUUUUUAAAUGUCUUGAUUUUGACCUGUCAUGAAUGAAAUGUGCAAUUUGAUCAGUGUAAUAGCUUAUAUUCCUUUAGAAGCUGAAAGUGCUUUUUAUAAUCACUGUGCUUUUACAGUCAAGUCAAUAGUGUAGUAAAAGAGAAUGUGCAUAGAUAAGUACGUUAUAUUAUUUGGGAUAUCUUAUUGUGGUUGGCAGUUCAAUUUUGUUAAGUUCCAUUCAAAAUUUCAAGAGAUGGUUCCACCAUUUGAAUUGAACAUACCUCAUAAAUGCUUGGUGAAUUCGAGUUGCAACACAUCCUAGUAAUUUAGUCAACUAAACUAAUUUUGAUCUUAACCAAAAAUACCACUAGAUGACUCACAACUCAAGAGUAAGUGUUUUUGAUGCCUUGCCUCUAGAUAUUUUCUAACUGUACUAGCUCAUUGAGUCACUUGUUUUACUGUUAUGAUACUGAUAAUUGUACUGAGCUGUAAUUUUGUUGAUGAUAAGUGAUUUUAGUGAAAUUGUUUUAGUGCUUGUGUUGCAUUUUUAAGAAUAAGGAGGGUUUUUUUUAGAAACUGUACAAGACUGUAAACAUCUGUAGAAUAAUCUGUUUUUAACAUGAUGUUAAAUUUCAUACAUGGUCUUAAACUGCCAAUAGAGCUGUUCAGGCAUUAGUUUGUAGGUUUGUAGGUAACGUUACUAGAAAAGACAUUUAUAUUUUGUUCUACAGCAUACAUUUUUACAGUCAUAUCUCUUAAAGUAUGUGUGUGCAUUAAAAACGAAAAGUUGAUAUGUAUGUAUGUACAGUAUUUAUGUAUCAAAAUUCAAUGCUAAACUUCUUCUUUUGGGCUACACACUGAACAGCUCUAUACACUCACCAUAAAACCAUAAAGACAGCAUAAUUGUAUUGGAAGAGUAAUGAAAUGAUGAUGUAUUUGAAAUCAUGAUACUUGACUCAAUAGGCUUUUCACACUUAAAAUAGUUAAACCCUGGGUCAUUCUAAAACCCAUUAAAUUGAAUCCUGAGUUACCUUGUGUCACGUUUCACAUUUUUCAUAACUUACCUGGGGUUAACAGUUAAUCCUGGGUAUUCAUAAGCUGACAUUUCACACAGUUUCAAACAUUCCUAAGCCAUUUUAUUGUCCUUAUUUGCAUAUUUGCAAUGUCAUUGUCAUUGACUAUAUAAAAGGUCUAGCAUUGUGCAUCCUCAUACAGUAUUAUACUUUGCCAACUGUACUAUCAAGUUUUUUUUCUUUUUCUUUUUCUUUUCUUUCUUUUUUUUUUUUUUGGCUUAUUGGAUUAUAAAAAUAAAAAUGAAAAAAAACAUCUUUUCUUCACUCCAAUUUCCAUCACCAUUUGACUUUUUUUCCCAUACAUGCGAUUCAUGACUGUCCAAAAGCACAUGAAAAUGAGGCACAAGAUUGGUUGUUGUUUGCUGAGUAUCAUGUAACAUUCUAACACUGCAUCUUUUCACACAGUACACAUUUGGCAUGUCAAUGCUGAUUAACAGUGCAAAAGCGACGCUAAUCCUGCUCAGGAGCAGGGUUUCACAACCCAGGGUGCUAACCCCCCUUGUGGUGUGAUACGUUACUUUACCCAGGGUUAAAAUCAGGGUUUAAAACAACGAUAACCCAGGGUUAAGCGCAGUGUGAAAAGCCCUCAUUUGUUUUUACACAAUGCCAGUUAACAGUUAAAUAUUCAGUCUUAUUUCUGAGUUUGAUAAAGUGCUUUUAUCAAAAAUUAAAUUUUAUUUACUAUUAUUAUUAUUAUUAUUUAUUUUAAUUCAUAAUUAUUUAUUAUUGAUCAAAAAAUAGCAAAGAGUCUGCUUCCUAUUAUCUUUGCUGGUUGUUUAUAUGUGGCAGAACAGAAGGUAUAUUUAUGUUUUUUUGUAUAUCUCUACACUGAUUGUGCUGCAGUGCUCAGUGUAUAAUUGUGUCAGUCUGCGGGGCAUAAUUGUAGAAUUUCUCAUUAGUUGCACAACUGCUUAUACUGUAAAUCUUUGAAAAUAUAAUAUUCGAUCAAAUAAAAAGCAUAUGCUAUUAUGA